AUGUUUAUGCUAGACUGUGACCGCGAGGCCGGCUGGACCAGCUAUAGAUGGAUCAGCACCGUACGCAUAUGCAACGCCUGCCCGGCGCCAACCCACAGCUCAGUCCCAACCCCGGCUCCAAAGGUCGUCAUCAUGACCUUGCGCCGCGUGAGGGAGCGGUGGUAUCCGACAUUGUCGGGGUUGAUUGCGGUAGACGAGCCAUUGGCCUCGAACGACGAGGUCGCGAUCACCUGCGAACAAGCAAGCCUCAUCCUGUCCUCCAAAAACGUUGUCUUCGACGUCGUCGGCACACUCAUUAGCUACGACCACCUCUUCCAGGCGAUCGACGACCGGCUCGGUGACCGGCUGCCCGAACACGGAAUCAAGCUGUCCUUGCUGGCGUAUACAUGGAUCGAAAUCGCUGAACGCGAGUACACCUACCUCAGCAUGAGCGGCAGAUAUACUGUCUUCGCCGAUGUCUUUCGCGCACUCUUCUACCGGAUGUUCUGGAUGGCCGGUGCAAAGGAGUGCGUCCAGAAAUUGCGGGAUGCCGGGUUCAAGGUAUGGUGUUUUACAGCUGGCGAUGCGAAGCGUGUUUCCGGGUACAUUGAGAACGAGGGCGUGGAGAUGCCGACAGGUGAUUUGAUCGUGGGAAAGCCGGAUUUGGAAGCGUAUCGUCCCUUGCUGGAGAGACUGAAGCCUGAGCACGGAGGGAGAGUGCCUUGGUUUGCCGCAGGGCAUAUGUGGGAUGUCUCAGCCGCGAGGAGAGCUGAGUAG